ACCACCACGAUAACCCAAAUUGGUGAUCUUGGAUUCCUCAACAACACUCAGAAUUGCUUCCAUCGCUGACAUUUGCUGCUACAUGUUAGGUUCCAGGGCCAAUUCGUGAACAAAGUUUCCCUUUUCCAAAACCCUAGGACAGAAUAAUUUCGAGUUGAAUUGGCCUCUUUGGGGUCUCAUGUUGUGCCCUACCAUCCAUUUCCGCGACCCUUUUGUGAAAUAAGAUUCAUUAAUGGAUGGGAAGUGAAGGUCUUAGAUAUUAGGGGUUGGGAAUGCAUGGAUAUAACUCAGGAUCUGCUGUCAUUGUAAAUGCUGAGGUUGAUUCCAUGGGAGGAGUGGUUGACGGUGGAGUUGGUAUAGGUCUGAAGAUCUCUCCGCACCGGGUAGCAAUUGAGAAAGCUCAAGCAGAGCUUAGAGAGGAGUAUGAUGUUCGUGAAGAAAGAAGAAGAGAACUAGAAUUUCUUGAAAAAGGUGGGAAUCCUCUAGACUUCAAGUCUGGGAAUGCUGUUUCAGCUAGUGUCCAGUCUACUUCACUCGCUGAUCAGUAUCACGAGCAGUUUGUGACCAGUGAAAGAAAAGAUAGUUUUGCAUUGGCUGCCUCCCCUCAUGGUGACUCGGUUGACAGUAGUGCUAGACCAGGGGCUCCUUCGGUUAAUGAACCUAAUACUGCUGAUAAUCUCCUACUUUUUGAUGGUGAAAAUGAGUUGCCUGAAAGUGAAAAAAGGUGCCUGCAUUCAAAUACAAGGAAUGCUAUUGCUCCAUCAGAACAAUCUUCUCAAAUUGAUGGAAGUCAAAAUGCUAAGGAGACUGAAGAUUCUGCUAUUUUCCGGCCAUAUACGCGAAGGAACAGAUCCAGACCAAAUCAUGGUCCUCGGGGAGCUUCAAGGGAAGGGAUGGGGUUAAUCUCUGAAACAAAUAACCAAAAGGACCAUAAUAUACCUUCUGUUUCUAAGCCAAAGCCUACUAGUUUAAAUGGUGAUAUUGUUACUAAGAAUCUGUCAACUAAUACAUUGAAUAAUGAAUUGGUUGGGAUCCGAGAUCAUCAAUCCACUAGUGGCAGUGCUAGUGUUCCCGAAGAUAAAUUGGACAUUAUCCUGAAUCGAAACUUAAAAGAAAGUCAUGAAACUUUACGUUCUCAACAUGAAAUUGUACAAAACCCAGAUCUCAUGGCUUUUGGAGAAGCUAAUGUAGUUGAAGUAAGGGAGCCUGUAGCUCCAGUCAAUCAUGAGCCUCCACCUCAUGUAGUUACUAUAAAACCCGAAAAUGGAACGUAUUAUGGCCAGCCAAAUGGGUUUGACAACGUAGAAGUAGACAGGAAAAGUGUACCAAAUGAAUGCCAAAAUAGCAUUGCUGUAUUGGGCUUGAAGAAUUUCUAUUCAGAGCCCUCCCGCACACAAACUAGUUUAGGUAGAGAUGUAAAUAAUGAUAGUGAUAUAUGUACUAAUACAAAGAAGGUUGAUGCUAAUGGAAAUACUAUGCAGCAAACAUUUGCAUUAGAGAAGAAACUAAACUUUGCUGGUUGUGAAGUUGUGAAAGAUAGGAAUAAGACCAUAAGUGCAAAUGGUACUACUGUUAGCAAUGAACAUGAUGCUGGUUAUCAAAAUCAUUCUGGUAGUGGUGAUAUUGUCAAAGCCGAGGAAGAUAUCAAUCUUAACAGCUCUUGCAUGUCAAAUAUCGAGGGAGUGCAUCAAAACGACAGUACCAUAUCAAAAGCUGAUAAAUAUACUGUCUUGUUGGAUCAUUCCAAAUCUGUCAAGGAAAACAGCUGUGAAAAACAUCAGGUUUCUGUGGAUGUGUCAAUUUCAGAACCUCCUGAGACUGCUCCGGCUGUAAAGGUUACGAAUGCGACCUCUGACUGUCAACCAUGUCCUGCGCACCAUAUGAAGUUAGCAGACAGAGCUCAUGAAGAUUCUAUUUUGGAAGAAGCUCGAAUUAUAGAGGCCAAGCGGAAGAGAAUUUUGGAGUUAUCUAUUUGCACAUUACCCACAUGGAACCACAUAAAGGCACACUGGGGUUUUGUCCUUGAGGAAAUGGCAUGGCUGGCAAAUGAUUUUGCACAGGAGCGUCUUUGGAAGGUAACUGCUGCUGCACAAUUGGGUCAUCGAGCAGCUUUUAAUUGUCGGUUAAGAUUUGAAAAACUAGACAAACAUAAGGGGGUAAAAAUUUUGGCUCACAGGAUUGCAAAGGCUGUCAUGCAGUUUUGGGAUUCAGCUGAGCUUCGUCUAGACAAUGAUGAGCCUGACAUUAGCUGUGUUGUUGAAUCUGGGAAAGUUGAUGCAAAUGAAGCUUCUGAGGACCAAAGAAGAAAUAGCAAUGUGAUGCAGGACACAAGCAAAUUUUUGGAGGGACAAAAUCCCAUAAAACAUACAGCACUGAAAGUUCAUGCGUAUGCUUUAAGGUUUUUAAAGGAUAGUAGAUCUCAUGGGAUUUCCUCCCAAGCAGAAGCACCAGCAACACCUGACAAGAAUUUUGACUCAGGCACUGUGGACAUGUCAUGGGAGGAGCAUCUAAAUGAAGAAAGCCUCUUCUAUGAAGUUCCUCAUUCCGGGAUGGAAACAUACAGAAAAUCUGUUGAAUUUCAUUUCCUACAGUACGAGAAAACUGGGAGUAGCAUUCAAGAGGAACUUGAAACAUCUGUAUAUGAUACUGCAGCAGAGUUUGGGUCUGAAGAGAAUACAUAUGACGAGGAAGAAGGAGAAACCAGCGCUUAUUACUUGCCUAGUGACUGUAGCAAGUCAUCAAAAUCUGUGCUGAAGAAACAUAAAAACUUGAAGUUUUAUUCUGGUGAUGCUAGGACUGAUUUGCCUUAUGUACAGUACACAACUGGAACUCGACCAUCCAUGCUAUUUGAAAAAAGGCCUGCUAGCUUAAAUGUUGGGUCAAUACCAACAAAACGCAUGCGUACAACCACUAGACAUAGAGUUGUAAGUCCUUUCACAGUCAACACCGGGACACUACAAUCACAAGCCAAGACAGAUGCUUCGAGCGGAGAUACCAAUUCCUUUCACGAUGACCAGAGUACUUCACAUGUUGGACCCUUGAUCCAGAAAAGUAUGGAGGUGGAGUCAGUAACAGAUUUUGAAAAGCGGUUAUCUUAUGACUGUGCAGAAACAUACAUUAAAACAAAGAAGAAGAAGAAGGCAAAGAUUUUGGGUUCUGCAUAUGAUCAGGGAUGGCAGUUGGAUUCUGUUCUAAAUGAACAGAAAGAUCAUUCCAAGAAGAGACUGGAUUAUCAUCACUUUGAAUCUUAUGGAAGUAGUGGUCUGUACGGGCAACAUAAUGGGAAGAAGCCUAAGAUAAUGAAGCAAUCACUUGAUAAUGCUUUGGACAAUAUUGCUUCAAUGACUAAUUCUAUUCCUUCCCCAGCUGCUUCGCAAAUGAGUAACAUGCCCAAUCCUAGUAAAUUUAUUAAGAUCAUUAAUGUGCGAGAUAGGGGCCGGAAAGCUAAAUCACUGAAGGUUUCUGCUGGACAGCCUGGUUCUGGACGUCCUUGGUCACUAUUUGAAGAUCAGGCUCUUGUUGUCCUGGUGCAUGAUAUGGGUCCAAACUGGGAGCUUGUGAGUGAUGCUAUCAACAGUACUCUUCAAAUCAAGUGUAUCUUUCGCAAUCCAAAAGAGUGCAAGGAGCGUCAUAAGUUUUUAAUGGAUGGAAAUGCUGGGGAUGAUGCAGAUAGCGCUGAAGAUUUAGGGUCUCCACAAUCUUACCCUUCUACUUUACCUGGAAUUCCUAAGGGUAGUGCCAGGCAGUUGUUUCAACGUUUGCAAGGGCCAAAGGAAGAGGAUACCCUGAAGUCUCAUUUUGAGAAAAUUAUAAACAUUGGGCAGAAGCAACAUUACCUUAAGAAUCAGAUUGAUAAAAAGGAUUUAAAACAAUUAGUACCUGUCCAUAAUUCACAUGUGAUUGCUCUUUCCCAAGUCUGCCCCAACAACCUGAAUGGAGGUCUUUUAACGCCACUUGAUCUUUGUGAUACGAAUGCAUCGAACCCUGAUGUCCUAGCCCUUGGGUAUCAAGGUUCUCAUGCUGGUGGUUUGGCAUUAUCAAAUCAAGGUUCUGUACCAUCAAUACUUCCUAAUACCGGGGUUAAUUCUUCACUACCAGGGUCUUCUGGUAUGGUUCUUGGCAAUAACUUAACAUCACCAUCUGGUACACUUUCCCCCUCUGUCAGGGAUACUAGAUAUGGGGUUCCAAGAAAUUCACCUUUAUCAGUGGAAGAGCAGCAGAGAAUACAACAAUAUAAUCAGAUGUUAUCUGGAAGAAACGUCCAGCAGUCUAGCAUGUCGUUAUCAGGGACUCUUUCUGGAAGUGAUCGUGGAGUUCGUAUGCUGCCUGGUGGAAAUGGUAUGGGCUUGAUGGGUGGAAUUAGUAGAAGCAUGGCGAAGUGUAGACCAGGGUUACAAGGAAUGGCAUCGCCAUCUAUGCUUAAUUCUGGAAGCAUGCAUCCCUCUAGUAUGAUAGGGGUGCCAAGCACUGUAAAUAUGCAGUCUGGAGUUGGUUCUGGACAAGGCAACUCAAUGUUGAGACCUCAUGAGGCUAUACAUAUGAUGAGGCCUGGCCAUAACCCAGAUCAUCAAAGGCAAAUGAUGGUUCCAGAGCUUCAGAAGCAGGUCACCCAAGGGAACAGUCAAGGUAUUCCUGCUCUCUCUGGAAUGAGUUCUGCCUUUGGUAACCAGACAACUCCAUCACCUGUUCAGCCUUAUCAAGGACAUACCCAGCUGCCACACCAACUGUCCCAGCAGCAGUCCCAUCACAGCAAUCCUCAUUCUCAUCUCCAAGGUUCGAAUCAUGCUACAAAUUCACAGCAACAAGCCUAUGCAGUCCGAUUGGCAAAGGAAAGGCAAAUGCAGCAACAGCAGCGAUAUAUGCAGCAACAGAAGCAGUUUGCUGCAUCAAAUGCACUGAUGCCACAUGUCCAGGCACAGUCUCAACUUCCCAUAUCAUCAUCACCAUUGCAAAACAGUUCCCAGGUUCAACCACAAAAUUCAUCCCAGCAAGGACCUCUUUCACCUGUAACACCAUCAUCUCCUUUGACUCCUAUGUCAUCUCUGCACCAACAGCAGAAACUUCACCACCCACAACAUGGGUUCAGCAGGAAGCCCACUGCUAGUGUGUUGACCAAUCAAGCAGCAAAGCAACGGCAACGACAGCCACCACAGCAGCAGUUUCAACAGCCUGGUAGGAAGCAUCCUAAUCAGCAGCAUAGUGGACAGUCUCAACAGCAUGCUAACCUUCUAAAGGGAAUUGGAAGAGGAGGAAACAUGAUGGUCCAUCAGAACCUCUCUGGGGAUCCUUCUCUUCUAAAUGGACUCUCCACACCUUUGGGAAGUCAAACUGCUGAAAAAGGGGACCAAAUGAUGCACAUGAUGCAAGGACAAAAUAUAUAUCCUGGAUCUGGUUUAAACCCAAAUCAAACAUCAAAGCCAUUGAGUCAUGUCCAUUCUUCAAACCAUUCACAAUUGCAACAGAAGCUAAAUUCUGGAUCGCCAACCACUUCAUCAAAGCAACUUCAGAUUCCUUCUGAUACUAGUGCUCAAGGACAGGUUUCGCAAGUUUCACCAGGUCAUAUGUUGUCACCUCCACAGCCAGCUGUUAUUGCUUCUAACCACCAUCAGUUGCAGCUACAGUCUCAGCAUCCGUCUAAGAAAAUUAAUCAAAAUCAAUCAUAUGUUCAGAGAAUGUUGCCAAAAAACCGUCAGGUGAAUUCCGAGUCACCAAGCAAGUCUCAAUCUGAUCCAACUCAAGAUGAUCAACAGCCUGCGUGUAGUGCUUCUCUGGUCAGUACUAGUGCUACAAUGACUCAAGGUUGUAUGGAUUCAACUAGUAUGGUACCAGUUGUUACUACUGUGUCUUCUCAGUGGAAAACAUCAGAAUCACCUUUUGAUUCCAAUACGAACAAUCAAGCCCCUCAAGUGAGCUCCUUGGGGAGUGCACCUGUUGGGAAUCCCACUGGAAAUGAGCCCCCAACAAUUAGUCAAGGGUUAGGCCCAAGAUCAUUUAGCUCGACUUCUCAUGUACAUAAUUCUGGGAUGCAGUUGCAGCAGCAGCAGCGGCAACAACCUCUUCAACAGUCAUCAUCACAACCCAUUCUAUCUCAGCAGCCAUAUAAGGCACCAGAGCAGCAUGAGCAGCAGCAACAGGAGCCCGAACAACAUUCUCCCAAAGAUCUUACUUUAGAACAUAAACCCCAGCUGCAUGAGAAGCAUCUGCAAUCCGAGCAGGGCAGUUUGUUUAUCCAGGCGCCUAAUUCUCAAGUGGAAUAAUGCGUUCUAACAGAUGGAGCAGCCAUGUGUGCUUGGUUCUGUCAUAAUGGAGUCUGCAUGCCGUUUCGACAGCAGUGUACAGAUGAAGCUGGUUUUCAUGAUGGCUGGAAAUAGGGAAGCAGAUAUCCAUUAUUUCUGUGCAGGUCCUGUUAAAAUAUUAACCAAAGUUACAUAGGCAGGCAUGCAUCAUUACUUAUUUUGUUCUUGUUUUGCAAGUCUUGUACAUUACCGCUGUUCUUAGAAGGUCCCCCUUCAUCCUCCAAUUUUCUUUUUAGGAAAGAGAAGAAUAUAGAUGUUUUGUAUAGGGUUGUCUCUUAUUUCCCUUGUCCUUUUCGCUUUUGCCUUGUAUUACCUUCUCAUGUGCAGAGGAACAUUUCCUUUUUGUUCUACUAGAUUAGUGGAUGUUUUAUUACCCUUUAGAUAAUUGGAUAGAAAUCAUUUUUUGAGGCGAAAGCCGAUUGAAGGUUUUGUGAAUACAAGUUUACUGCUGUUUGAACCAGCCAAUGAUGUAGUUUUUCAUCUUGGUACUA